GGGAUUCCUUCCCUUCCGGAAGACCAAGGAAGUGCUCUUUUGAAUGCGGUACUGAGGCGAAAGAUUUCUUGGAGUCCCUGAUUAUUUUCUUGGUUAACUGUGACUCUCUGGUACUUGGGAGGGCCUGGCUGGGAGAGGUAUUGGAUGCCGCGCGUGCACUCUUCAGCGAGGACCGAAGAGAAAGCCGAGCGGAGCUCAGUGCGGCAGCUGCCUCCUUUCCGGGCGGCUACCUGACAUACCAUGCUCUCCUGUGAUAUUUGUGGUGAAACAGUAUCCUCAGAAUCGGACAUGAAGGCUCAUCUACUAAUUGUUCACAUGGAAAAUGAAGUUGUAUGUCCAUUUUGCAAGUUGUCAGGUGUGAAUUAUGAUGAAAUGUGUUUUCAUAUUGAAACUGCUCAUUUUGAGCACAAUACACUGGAAAGAAACUUUGAGAGGAUAAAUACAAUACAAUAUGGAACUUCAGAUCGCAAAAAGGACGACACCCUACAGUGUAGAAUAGAAGUUAAUUCAAGUAUUCAUUCAGCUUGUGCAUCUAAUCAUAUGAAAAAUUCAGCUCAAAGCCUGCCUAAGGAUAGUAAUUUAAAACAUGAAGCCUUUUAUGCAGAGAACUUAACUGAAUCUAGAAAAUUCCUGAAAAGUAAGGAAGAACAGUCUGGCCUAACUGAAAGAAAAGGAUCGAUUUAUGAAACAGUAUAUAGUCUUCCCGAAUGUCCAUUCUGUGGAAAAAUAGAGGAUUGUAGUCAAGAUAUGGAAACUCACGUGAAAACAAAGCAUGCCAAUCUUUUAGACAAUCCAUUAGAAGACUGUGAUCAACCACUCUAUGACUGCCCUAUGUGUGGGCUCAUAUGUACAAAUUACCAUAUUCUCCAGGAACAUGUUGACUUGCAUUUAGAAGAAAACGCCUUUCAACAAGGCAUGGAUGGAGUCCAGUGUUCUAGUGGUCUAGAAUUGGCUCACCAGCUUCAACAAGAAGAAGACAGAAAGAGGAAAUCUGAGGAAUCAAGACAAGAAAGAGAAGAAUUUCGGAAGCUACAGAGACAAUAUGGUUUAGAUAAUUCUGGAGGCUACAAACAGCAGCAACUGCGAAAUAUGGAGAUAGAAGUAAAUAGGGGAAGAAUGCAUCCAUCUGAAUUUCAUAGAAGAAAAGUUGAUAUGAUGGAAUCGCUAGCAGUUGGUAUUGAUGAUGGAAAAACAAAAACUUCUGGAAUUAUGGAAGCACUUCAUAGGUAUUAUCAGAAUGCUGCCACAGAUGUGAGGCAUGUGUGGCUUUCUACAAUGGUGGAUCACUUUCAUUCAUCAUUAGGUGACAAAGGUUGGGGUUGCGGUUACAGAAAUUUCCAGAUGCUUCUUUCAUCGUUACUACAAAAUGAUGCUUAUGAUGAUUGCUUGAAAGGUAUGUCAAUUCCUUGCAUUCCAAAAAUUCAGUCUAUGAUUGAAGAUGCAUGGAAGGAAGGUUUUGAUCCUCAGGGGGCCUCUCAACUUAAUAACAGGUUACAGGGAACAAAGGCCUGGAUUGGAGCAUGUGAAGUAUAUACACUCCUGACCUCCCUAAGGAUAAAGUGCCGUAUUGUUGAUUUUCACAAGUCGACUGGUCCUUUGGGUACACACCCUCGCUUAUUUGAGUGGAUAUUGAACUAUUAUUCUUCAGAGAGGGAAGGAAGUCCAAAGGUAGUGUGUACAACUAAACCUCCUAUCUAUCUUCAGCAUCAAGGUCAUAGUCGAACAGUUGUUGGAAUUGAAGAGAGAAAAAACCGAACGUUAUGGUUACUAAUAUUUGACCCUGGAUGUCCUUCUGGAGAAAUGCAGAAACUAUUAAAGCAAGACAUAGAAGCCAGCAGUCUCAAGCAACUUCGGAAAUCUAUGGGAAAUUUAAAACAUAAGCAAUACCAGAUAGUGGCAAUAGAGGGUGCACUUUCUCCAGAGGAGAAAAUUGCCAGGAGACAAGCUUCUCGAGUCUUUACAGCCGAGAAGAUUCCUUGAAGAAUUAAGCAUUUCCGUGGUUGAAAAUUAUGCUUUCUUUUCCCAAUUCAGAUAUUGAACUCCUUAAUAACAACUUACGAAUCUAUGAAGUCUCUUAACUACUCAACAUAUAAUUUAAUUUCUAAAAUGCUUAUGUUAAUUACUCCUGUAACUUUAUUGUUUAGUAAUUAUUUCAAUAAAAUAUCUUGUUUACAUUGUGGGCUUUGUUUUUUUCUUAUCCACGUUUCAGAAACUUGUUUUAUAGCCAUAAGCUAGUAUAUAUUAGGUCCUUGUGUUAGGUACUUUUAGUAUUUUACAUGUAUUAAUGAAUUCAAGCUUCAAAAUAGUUUUGUGAGAUAAGUACUAUCAUUAGCCUCAUGAGGAAGCUGUAGUUCUGGGAGGUUAGUAAUUUGCCCCCCAAAAAUGAUUGUGACCCAGUUUGUGAACCUAGGCCAUUUCACUUCCAGGCUCUUACCGUUACACUAUUUGGCUGUCUUUUGUUAGAGAACAUAUAUAAUGAAAUUACUUGUCCACUGCUUAGAAAUAAGAUUAAGAUAGUUCUAGAAACAUGGAUUUGCUUUUAUUAAAUAUUUACACUAUACAACUAUGAUUUAGAGUCCUGUGUUUAAGGUGUUCUGUGGAAAAGAAUCUUUCAAAUUCUUGUUUGGUAUGCCAUGUGUGAUUACAAGCAAGAAUCUUACUCUGGCCAAUAUAAACAGGAGGAAAUUCGUUAAAAGAUUGUCAGAAGUUCACAAUCAGUGGGUAGGUAGAGAACUGGGGUGGAACCAAGGCAAUUUUUGAAGCUAGAACAUGUUCUCAUUUAUAGCAGGAGCAAUACGGUUAGGAGCCAUGGUAAUGUCUCAGCUCAACAUUCAGAUUCCAAAGAGAGUACAUCUGAUUGGCACGAGACUAUCUAAUGGGACAGAGGUAGAUCCUCAAAAGGAAAUCAGGGUAGAUGAGGAAAAGGAUAUUAAGCAACAAGAAAGAAAAGCCAAGUGUCUAUUAUAUCAUGAAAAACUGAACAAGAACCUACUUGAAUUAACUUUUGUGAAUUUUAGGUACUCCAACAAAGACCGAAAGUUGCAUUUCAAGAAUGAAAUAGUAUUGCCAACUGGAGAGUUGUGGAAACCCUUCUAAUAUUCUGUCUUUUGGACUAGUAACCAGUUCUCUAUUUUAUAAUCCCCAUGCAGUUAUACUCUUUUCAUUCGGGCAAUAUCUCUUACUAGAUAAUGUGAUAACCUCCUAACUGGUCUCCCUGUCCCAAGUGUUGAUUCUUUUGUCGUCCUUUCCGCACUUAAGCCAAAAACGUUCUAAAAUACAAAUAUGUUUGUGUGA